CCUCUGCCCACACGCUCCAGCUUACGACUUGUCCACGCCCACUGCCUCCUUCAGAGAUUCCUCCCCUCCCCUCCUUGUUACAAAGAGACGCUCCAGUUGGCGACAAUGAGAAGGGAGAGCUGAGGCAGCGGACAGAGCCCCGGGGUUUGCAGCCGGUGCCUGGAAGAGGAGCAUCAGCCCUCGGCUCUGUCAUGCUCCGGGCGGACCGGAGCGCCCGCAUCACACGCUAGUUUCCACCCGACGACAACAACAAAGGAGGAGGCAGCGAUGAGGGACAAGGACUUCAAACCCGGCGGGGAUAAAGGCAAGCCGGCCACCUUCACGGGCGACAAGGCGAAGAUGGCGGCGAAGAGCGACAAGAAGUGGGUGAGGCUGGCCACGGUGCUGGCUUACGUGCUCUCCGUCUCGCUGGCCGCCAUCAUCUUGGCCGUCUAUUACAGCCUCAUCUGGAAGCCGGUGAAGCUGCCGGCCGAAGCCGACAGCAGCCCCGCGACCGGCUCCCCGCCCCCCGACAACCGGGCGCUGCAGAUCACCGUGCCCGGCGGCCAGAGCCAGAGCCAGAGCCAGACCCAGAGCUGGGGCGGCGGCGGCGGCGGCGGCGGCGGCCAGACUGGGGUGCUGACGCCGCCGGGGAGCAGCCCGCAGACCGCCGAGCAGGCCCAGCUCACGGGGCCGAGACUGAACGCCACGGUGCCGCCGAGCCAGUGAACCGGGUCUGGGGCAGCCACCGCCGCUUCACUCAACACCGCGCCGUGAUAGAACUUUAUGUAACGGCGUGCAAGGACUCCGCGCCGUGAUAGAAGGCACAACCACUCUUUUAAUAUAUUUCUAGCACCGGUUAAUGUUAAAAUAUGGGCUGAGGAUCGUUCUGUUUCGACGAUGAUUUGUCUAGCACGGGUUGUAAUAUUCAUAUUAUUCCUACGUACCUCAUGUAGUGUAUUUAAAGGAUAACUUUACAUGCCUAAUGCACAGGAUAUGAUCAACCUCAGGUACAUCUAGAGCUGUAAAAUGUAUCUACUGUUGUACAAUAGUGCAACGUAUCCCGGGAGCUUUAGUAAUCGUUCGUAUAUUUUUAAGGAGUAAUAAAUGUUCCAAGAGCUGAA